AUAAUUCUAUUGAGCAGCAGCAGCAGCAGCAGCAAAGACAGCAGCAAAGACAGCAGCAACAGCAAAGACAGCAGCAACAGCAACAGCAACAGCAAAGGCAACAAAGACAGCAACAACAACAACAACAACAACAGCAAGCACAACAGCAGCAGCAAUUCGAACAAAGAUCAAAUUAUACCUUUCAUUCUUCAUCUAAUACACAAAGACAAGAGUUUAUACCUAGUAGUCCAGUUCAUAAUAAUAAACCAACCAAUCACGAUAACGUAUUAUCACUCCAUGACAUGAUUAAAGCUAAAAUUGAUCCUUCUUCAUUAUCAGUGCGUACCUUAAAAUCCAUAUUGAAAUCUAAUUUCGUGGAACAAUCUCAUGUAAUAGAAAAAUCUGAACUUGUUAAACUUGUACAAAGACUAGUAGAUCAGUAUAAAGCAGAUCAUACGAGCCAAAAUAAUGAAACAGUUAAAGAUGAUAAUUUGUGUAGAAUAUGUUUUGAUGCACAACAAAAUUGUGUGUUUUUAGACUGUGGACAUAUGGUAACUUGUAUGGACUGCGCUAAAAAGUUAAUUGAAACUAAUAACCAAUGCCCAAUAUGUCGUGAACCUAUUCUAAAAUUAGUUCAUGUAUUUCGCUCUUGAUACUACUACUACUAUUAAAAAAAAAACUCUUUUUUUUUUUUUUUUUUU